UUUAUCAACGCCAGACGUCGUAUUGUUCAGCCGAUGAUUGACCAAUCAAAUCGCACAGGACCUCAUGGUUAUUCUUCUGCAGAUGCGGCACCUCCCUGUGUGAACUACAUGGAAGGUGCACCGUAUGCAGCUUAUACCAGGGCAGCACAAGCAGCGGCAGCGGCGGCGGCAGCAGGCUUUUCAAAUCACCCAAAUUCCAAUGACAUGUAUUUAGCUGCAGCUGCAGUGGCUGCAGCCUCAGCUUCAGUUGGAAAUCCCAUGUCCGGAGAUAUUGGUCCUUCCAGAUUGUGUAACAGCUUUGCCAAUACCCAGUGUUCCAUGGGUAGUCGGAAUAAAUCCACAACAGCGGACCUCGGAGCUAAUGUUGUUCCCACAAACGGUUCAAAUUGUUCCCUUAUGUCUGAAUUCCUAGAACGUCCGGAUGCAGCUGCGGCGGCUGCAGGAAAUCUGGUCGGUUCAUCUUCAUACAGUUUACUUCCGGCUGUCGCUGUUGCCGCAGCGGCAGCUGCCGGCACAGAUCCUUCUGCUCAUCCCCCGAAUGUGUACUCUCCUUCAGCGAUGGGAUCAUCCACAACAGCUGCUGCUGCAGCAGCAGCCGCGGCAGCCGCGGCCGCAGCCUCAUUCCCGUAUUACGGUCAGUUUGAUUCAAUCGGUGGAUAUGCUUUGAACAAUCCGGCGUUGGCUGCGUAUUGUUCGUCCGGGCUUCCUCCGCCUCCGGUACCAGCACCACCUGCACUAUCGUCAGCGCCAUCUCUUGGAUCCGGAACAGCACCUGGUGGGGGAACGGGAUUCGACAAUUCUCCUAACAGUGCUUUAUGCGGAUUUUACAGCUAUCCGUCAGGAGCAUAUGGAACACGUGGGUAUUGUGGUGGCGCAAGUGGCAGUACAGAAAGUAGCGGGAGUAGCCAUGGAAGUGAGGCAGGAAUGCACUGUGCCAACUCCCAUCUGAUAGGAUCAACCGGUGUGGUAAACUAG